AUGGCCCUUGCACCCAAGUUCGCCGGCCAGAAGCUCGCUUCCAAUGCCAUCCAGCCAAAAGCUGUUCAUACUCUCGAGCUCUACCUUGACUAUGUCUGUCCCUUCUCCGCUAAGAUGUUCAAAACAAUUUACGGUACUUCGCUCCGUAGAACACUCUUAGAGAAGUACUCCGACCGCGUCGUAACUAUCUUCCGGCAGCAAAUCCAACCCUGGCACCCCUCCUCUACACUCGUCCAUGAAGCCGGCUACGCCGUCCAAAAGAUUGACUCGUCCAAAUUCUGGGAUUUCUCCGAGAAGCUGUUCGACCAGCAGAAAGACUUCUUCGAUGUCAGCCUGGUAAAUGAAACGAGGAAUGCUACAUAUAAGAGGCUUGCUAAGAUUGCUGGGUCUGUGGGUGUCGAUGAGAGCAGGGUUUACGGAUUGUUGGAGAUUAGUGAUAAGCCUGGUGAGGACGGAAGUUUGAACUCGGGCAAUGGGGUCACGGAUGAUGUCAAGGUGCAGGUCAAGGCGAAUCGACUGACCGGUGUGCAUGUAACUCCCACGGUCGUGUUCGACGGUGUUGUGAACAACGAAAUUAGCAGCUCUUGGACAGCGGAGCAGUGGGAGGAAUGGUUGGAGAAGAAUGUCAAGUGA